GUGAAGGGCAGGGCGCUGACUUGCUGAUUUCCGCCUGGCCGAAGACAGCAGUAGCAGCAGCGGCGGCGGUGGUGCUGAGAUCAGGGCGGAUUCACCGAGUCUGUAGAAACAUGGACAGUCAAGGCAGGAAAGUGGUGGUGUGUGACAACGGGACCGGGUUUGUGAAGUGUGGAUAUGCCGGCUCUAAUUUCCCAGAGCACAUCUUUCCGGCUCUGGUGGGGAGACCGAUCAUCCGCUCCACGGCCAAAGUGGGAAACAUCGAGAUCAAGGACCUAAUGGUGGGCGACGAGGCGAGCGAGCUGCGCUCCAUGUUGGAGGUGAAUUACCCGAUGGAGAACGGGAUCGUGAGGAACUGGGACGAUAUGAAGCACCUGUGGGACUACACCUUUGGCCCCGAGAAGCUCAACAUCGACUCGCGAAACUGCAAGAUCCUGCUCACGGAGCCGCCCAUGAACCCCACCAAGAACCGAGAGAAGAUCAUCGAGGUGAUGUUUGAGACCUAUCAGUUCUCAGGGGUUUAUAUCGCCAUCCAGGCCGUGCUCACGCUUUACGCUCAAGGUCUACUGACGGGUGUGGUGGUGGACUCUGGUGACGGUGUCACUCAUAUUUGUCCAGUGUACGAAGGCUUUUCUCUUCCUCAUCUCACGCGCCGUCUGGACAUCGCUGGAAGAGACAUCACACGCUACCUCAUCAAGCUGUUGUUGUUGAGGGGUUAUGCCUUCAACCACUCAGCGGACUUCGAGACGGUGAGGAUGAUGAAGGAGAAGCUGUGUUACGUGGGCUAUAACAUCGAGCAGGAGCAGAAGCUUGCGCUGGAGACCACCGUGCUGGUGGAGUCUUACACGCUGCCGGACGGUAGAGUGAUUAAAGUGGGCGGCGAGCGGUUCGAGGCUCCUGAAGCUCUGUUCCAGCCUCACCUCAUUAACGUGGAAGGAGUGGGUGUGGCAGAACUGCUCUUCAACACCAUCCAGGCAGCCGACAUUGAUACCAGGGCUGAGUUUUACAAACACAUCGUUUUGUCGGGCGGUUCUACGAUGUAUCCAGGUCUGCCGUCUCGUCUGGAGCGAGAGCUCAAGCAGCUUUACCUGGAGAGAGUGCUGAAGGGAGACGUCGACAAGCUUUCGAAGUUUAAGAUCCGCAUCGAGGAUCCUCCACGCCGUAAACACAUGGUGUUUUUGGGCGGAGCGGUGCUAGCUGACAUCAUGAAGGACAAAGACAACUUCUGGAUGACCCGAGAAGAGUACCAGGAGAAGGGAAUGCGUGUUCUGGAGAAGCUAGGCGUCACCGUUAGAUAAAUCUCACAUAUGCACACAAAACAUCACACACUUGCACUCACACUCCCAGUCACAGGGUGGCAUUUUGGCAGCGUAAACACACAGAGGUUUCCAGCAGUUUUUGAGGAUAUACUUGAGAGCAAUGAUCAAAUACUUGAACUUCCUUUGCAAUCCAAAAAAGUGCUCAAUGUUUGUAAGACAUUCCAAAUGUAAAGGUUCAUAUCACUGCUGCGCAACACGAGACGAAAAUUGAAUGAAAUCCAGUUAUUUGCUCACAAAACGACCCGUUUAUGCUGCCAAAAUGAAUCCUCAAAUGUAUUACCAUAUCAUUUCCUUCUGUUUGUUUUGAGUCCUGUCUGUCUCAUGAAUUCACAUUGACCCUAACGAAGAGAAAUAUCACUCUAAAAAGAGUAAGAAACAGGAGGAUGUUGUGCAAGUAGAGGGACAAAACAAUAAAAAGAUGUAUUUUUAAGAAGUUUUGUAAUAAGGAUAAAAAUCCAACCAAUUUGCUAAUAAAAAAUUAAACAAUAUAAUAAUUGUGGCCGAUGGUAUCAAACACAGAUGUUCUUCUGAAGGCAGAUUGCUUUUGCUGAAACGUCUACUUUCUAUCUUACUGUCUCUGUCUUUAAUCUCAGUGUUUGUGCGCUCCAUUAUUGGCUGUGCACUUCAACUCAUGCCCUGAAAAUAGCGAGAGACAAAAUGCAGUAGCGACCGGGACCAACUUCCCCAAAUAACAUUUAACAGAACAUUUGAAGAACGUUCUUUUGUCAUAUAUCAUCGCUGAGGACGCUUUAAAUGCAGCGUUAGUCUGCCUUAUUUUAGUAAUGAAAAUUUGGAAGUCUUUAAAUAUAGACUCUCUGUUCAUGUCAUUCCACUUGCGGUUCCAGGAUCAGUUCUUCCUUUCAGUCUAAAGGACCUUCAUAAACAAUAGUAUCAAUUUCAGACUCCAUUUGAAAGGGAAGUGAUAAUGUUCUGACGCAUGUUUAGCGUACAGUUAUAGCUGCAAUCUAGAACCUCAUUUGCGCAUUUGGCAGGGUGAAUCUCAUGAAACGUGUCUGGGUCACGUUUCGCUCCAAAAUCUAAAGAAAGAAAUAAGAAGUUUUAAUUUUCUUAAAGGAGUUUUAGGGAGACUUUUUUGCAUUGUGCCAUUAUUUUCAUGACAAUUAGGCAAAAAUCUCAUCUCAUUACUGUAAUGCUAAAAAAUAUAUACCAUUACCAUAAUGUAAAAAAAAUAUUUUUUAUUAUCAUAAUGCAAAAUACUAAACAUUUUCAUUACCGAAAUGCAAAAAAACAAGUGUUUUCAUUACCGCAAUGCCAUUUUAGAGCAACUUUUUUGCAUUGCGCUAUUAUUUUCUUGACAGUUAAGCACCCCCCUCCAAAAUUCUCAUUACCGUUAUGCUAAAAAUAUAUAUCAUUACCAUAAUGCGCAAAAAUGCAAAAAACUAAACAUUUUCAUUACCAAAAUGCAAAAAAAAAAAAAAAAAAAAAGUAUUGUCAUUACCGUAAUGCAAUUUCAGGGAGACUUUUUUGCAUUAUGCCAUUAUUUUCAUGACAAUUAAGCACUCCCCCUUCCAAAAUUCUCAUUACCGUCAUUACUCAUUAAUGCUAAAAAAUAUCAUUACCAUAAUGCAAAAAAAAUCCAAAUUUUUAUUACCAUAAGGCAAAAAACUAAAAAUGUUCAUUACAGUAAUGCAAUUUUUUUUGUAGCAUAAAAUGUGGUUGGUUUUGUUGUACUGCCUUUUAUGCUGAUCUAAAUUUAAAAACAAUUAUAUUGCACUAUUUGUUCUGUAAUACAGUAAAAAUGACAGUAAUGAGAAUAUAAUAUGAAUCACCAUCUUGUAGAAUAACGAGAAUUGCAAAAUGUCUGGAAUGUUUGUGUAUAUUAUUGUAAUGAGUAUGGGAGGUGAGUGUGUAAUUGUGUAAUUGUCAAAAAAAAAAAAAGUCUCAAUGCAAAAAAAAAAAUUGACUCUAAAAGAGGAUAAUCACAUGUAAUUGUGAUUGCUUUUCUUUUUGAUUGUGGGAGUUUUGUGAGAUUCACACAUGGAGAAUUGGCUGUAAAACAACGAGAGCAGCUGCAGCAGUGCAUUUAGUCGCAGCUCAUGCAUGUAUCACACAUGUGCGGCUUCAGUCAGCGUGUCGCUCAUUCUAUUGCAAUAACCCUGCAUCCUUUUCAUCAACUCAUUUAUUUAGUGUUUUAACAAGUCUCAAUCGUGUUUCGCUCCCCAGAGGAAAUUCAUGGUUGUUGACAUUCUCUUUUUUUUUUUUCUCAUCAUUUUGUGUUUUUGCGUUCAUGUUUUUUUUCUUUGCUGUUGGUUGUCGGGUCGUUUUCAUGUCUUAGCUGCAUCUAAAAGUCUGGGAACGAAGGGUCUAGCUGACGCCCGAUGGGCGUUUAUGGGUCAGACGCUUCAUUCCCAGACCAAAGGCAGCCAUGACGUAACGGUUUACUGCCUGUUUGUAAUAUGAAUGACAUAAUGAUGGUAUUGGUAAUGAUGAUAAUAAUUUUAGUGUUUGUACUCGUGACAGCUGUUUGGAAGUUGGAUCAGUGAUGUUUCUGUGUUUGGCUUCGGGUUUGUACAUAUUCAGACUCUUCACACAUGGAACAAACUAUGUGACGACUCCAUUGAUUUCACUCACGCAUUCUUCCAGUGCCAAGUUUGGCUAUUGUCAUUUUGUUUGUUUGUUUUUCUGCUUUUUUGUUUUGUUUGUAGCGUACUGCCAGACCACUGAUUUAAAAUAAAGAAAAUUGAUUUAUAA